UCAUCGACAGUGGGAUGUGGCGUGUUGUCAAAAUUUUAACAAUUUUGUUGUAGACUUUUAUUUUUAAAUUAAAAUAUUUAAAAACGCUAACUACUUUUUGAUAAAAUCAUGAACUCUACGUAGUACAUUCGGGUGUUCAUUCCUUUACUCGUACGAGGAUAUAUUUUUGUGAUUUUCUUUAAAAUUUCUGUAAAGUUUUAAAUUUAUCAUGGAUGGAACCUGGGUGCUUAUUUUGUUAGCUUUAGUUAUGUUAGUCGGGUCGUAUGUUGCUGGGAGUAUACCCCUCAACGUCAGUAUGUCCGAGGAAAAGUUGCUCAAAGUAACAGUAUUUGGUGCCGGAUUGCUGGUCGGUACUGCUCUGGCUGUGAUCAUCCCCGAAGGUGUACGAGCCCUAUUCUCUGAACGUACAGUACUUGUAACUAAGGACUAUACACCUGAGCCUAGCAAACAAGAUGACCUGCACUCAGUCAUUGGAAUAUCACUUGUAUUGGGUUUCGUCUUCAUGUUAAUAGUUGACCAGAUGUCCUCAAAGUACAAUGAUGCGAGUAAUCCCACUGAGAGAAAUAUCACGGCCACUGUUGGGCUUGUUGUCCACGCUGCUGCUGACGGUGUGGCUUUAGGAGCGGCGGCCACCACAUCGCACGCUGACGUUGAACUAAUCGUGUUUCUAGCCAUAAUGUUACAUAAAGCACCGGCCGCCUUCGGUCUUGUGACAUUCUUACUACACGCCGGCUUAGAAAGGAACCGAAUAAGGAAGCACCUCUUAGUAUUCUCAUGCGCCGCGCCACUACUCGCCCUGCUUACCUACUUCGGUAUUGGAAACGAGAGUAAACAGACUCUGAGUGAUUUUAACGCUACGGGUAUUGCCAUGUUAUUCUCAGCGGGGACAUUUUUGUAUGUGGCAACAGUACACGUAUUACCAGAACUCACACAUCCACACUCACACACACAUUCACUAUUGCCCCUCCAAGACGGCGUCCCCACUAAAAAAGGUUUUGGCGGGUUGCAACUGUGCGAAGUUAUUAUAUUAGCGAUUGGUGCAAUGUUGCCAGUUCUAUUAACAAUGGGACACGAACACUAGUAAUAAUUUAAACUAGAAAUACUUAUUUCGUUUUAAAAUUAAAUGAAAAUUUGCGGAAAAGUAUACUUAGUUAUA